GCCGAGCCGGCCUCCCCCGCGUCGCCGUCGAGCCCCCUGCUGGAGAGGCACGCGCGCCUGCGCCGCGCCGGGGACCCGCGCGGGCCGCCCGGGUCGCCGCCCGCAGGCCGCAGGAUGUGCAGGGUCGAGAGCUUCAGGCGCAAGAUCCCCCAG